AUGGCAACGAAUACAAAUGAUUCUGAAGAUGCAUUUGAAAGUUUGGAAGUAUCCAUACCACGUCCAAUUCGAUUUUGGCUUUUUCUUCUAAUUGAUUUUCCAUCGAUUAUCUGCAGUUUUAUACUUUUAAUUUAUUUUUUCAAGAAUCAAACAGCUCGACAAACAUUAAAUAAUCAUGUGAUUAUUAUUCUAAUAAUAUUCGGUUUAGGAGUUGAAUUAAUUGAUGUACCUUCUCAUCUCGCAUAUAUAAUCAACUCAGGUAUUGUAAAACCUUCAACUCCAGCAACAUGUCUGAUUUGGUGGUUCGUAACAUAUGGGUUAUAUAAUGGUGAACAAAUUUUUUUAGCUUGGGCAGCAAUUGAACGACAUAUUUUAAUAUUCAAUGCUCAAUGGACGCUAACAAAACGUGGUCAAUUCUAUGCUCAUUAUUUACCUCUAAUUGUUCUUCUUUUGUAUGUAUUGUUAUUUUAUAUUUAUGCUAUUUUUUUAUUUCCAUGUGAAAAUACAUAUGAUUAUACGUUACCAGUAUGUAAUGCAUCUCCAUGUUAUCAAGAUGAUCCAAUAAUGGGUAUGUGGGAUUUUAUUGUAAAUAAUCUUCUACCUGGAUUGUUGAUCGCUUUUGUGAGCAUUAUUCUCUUAGUUCGUGUUAUACGACAAAAACAACGACUCAAACAACAAAUUCAAUGGCACAAAUAUCGUAGAAUGACAAUACAAUUGCUAUCAAUGGCAAUAUUAGCUAUUAUUUUUAUUUUACCAUUGAAUCUACUUUCACUUGCUCACUUAUGUGGUUUAUCUGAAGAUAUUGGUGCAGAAGAAGAACAAUAUUUGUUCUAUAUUGCAUAUAUAUUUACGUUUCUUAUUCCGAUUGUUUGUUUAUAUUCAACACCAGAACUGUACAAGAAAAUCAAGAUGAAAUUAUGGUGGCGCAGACAACACCGUAUUGGUGUGAAUACCAUAAACGAUAGAACAAAUAACACGAUUCGACAAUAA